AUGCAGUUACUACAGAUUAUAUUAUGUUUGGCUCCAUUUGUUUCGGGGUUUAGAGUGCAACGAUCUUCGGGAACAUUAGUUGACUUUGCGGAUCCUAAAGUUAACCGAGAACUGCUAGUGCAUCUGGCCAGCUUAGUCAACGGCAAGAAUUCUCGCGUAGUUCGUAAAUUGAACACCGUCUCUCGGCUCUGCCUCGACAGCAUUGAGGGCAUGUCGGAUAGGUGCCAGCUGGCAUCUAUAUAUAAUGAUUGCCUUAAUGAGAAUAUGAUAGAGUUUGCCUUCCCGCUAGACAUCGCUGAAGAAGCUGUGAGAAAAAUGCCUUUUCAUCUAAUACAGCCCAACAUACCUAAGAAGAGAAACGCUGGUGCUUAG